CGAUUUCGACGUAGGUGACCUUGCGUUAGGUAAUUUCGAGUGUCCUAUAAAAGAGCCCACGUUACGUUCGAAGUCAACCAGUGCUCCCAGCACCAGCAUCCAAAUCACACCUAAAAAGUGAAUCCAGUUCGCACAAUGAAGGUUCUGUUUGUCCUGUUUGCCCUGGUGGCGGCGGCCUCGGCCAGCGAUCUGGGCCAGUACGGAGACGAUCAGGAGCACCAGGACGUCGAACACACCCCCUACGAGUUCAGCUACGCCGUCGAGGACGACGACACCGUGUUCUCUCAGAGCGAGCAGGGCGACGAGGAGGGUGACGUGGAGGGCGAGUACGCCGUCAACCUGCCCGACGGCCGUGUGCAGACGGUCCGCUACUCGGCCGGCGACGAGACCGGCUACACGGCCGAGGUCAGCUACGAGGGCGAGGCCCAGUACCCCGAGCAGGACUCCUACGAGCAGGAGGAGGAGCAGGAGGACGAUGGAGAGGAAGAGGAGGAAGAGGAGGAGGACGAAGAGGAGGAGGGAGAGGAGGAGGAGGAGCUGAUUCCUAUCUAUGCCUACCGGCCCGUGUACAACUAGUCAGUGUCAAUGUCGUGUGUUUAUUUAAUAUGUUUAAAGCAUUUUCAUCAAUUCUUUGAUGAAGUAA